AGCCGUGCUCAGCGAGUGUCGUGUUUUCAAAAUACGAAGGGACCAUCGACGCGCGAUCAAAUGAAGAUGAAACGAUCGAAAAUUGAUAUAAUCAAUGCGACUGUCGAAUCUUAUUUGAAGCGGCGUCGAUAUCAGGACGGUGACGUAUUUCGAAAAUCUGAACGUACAGGUUGUCAGAGUAGCGAGGAAAUGACACUGACUACAACUGUGGAGUGCAGUACGUCCCGUGACAAUUCGAUCGUCUUCAGUGCGAUCAUCAAUGAUGUUGCUGCCGCCGACCAAACGUAUCAAAGAUUGAAAAUGUGGAUUAACAAUAUAGUCAAUGAUAAACUUAAACUGGAAUUAAAGGGUCUCCUGUAUCCAGUAUUUUGUCAUCUUUAUUUGGAGAUGCUACAUGGUGGCAAUAGGCAGGCUGCUGUCCAGUUUUUGAAGACACACCAGAGUGAUUUUGUGUCAGAGACUGAAAGAGACUUUUUGGAGGAACUUUCCAGUGUGUUCUCCAUUCAGGAUAUUGAGCUAAGACCUUUGGUCAAUGCAUUUCGAACCAGAAAGUACAAAGUGGAUAUGUCUGAUGAGGCUCAUAUAUGCCUUCAGAAAUUUCUAGCCAAGCAUGGGCACGUUAUAUUAAUGCAGGUAAUAAAUACACAUGUUACUAUUAUCAAAAAGAUUGCCGAUAUACAUCCAAUGGAUGAGGAAACAAGUGGAGAAUGGGUUCAGAGGAACGAAGUGGGAAUUAAUGGUCAUGUCGAACAACCUUCUGGCACUGGUGUAGACCGCGAAAUGCGGGAACUCCAGGAAGCCAUUCGAUUAAUUCGAAGCAGCGAGCAUCAUCCACUCAGAGUUUACACAAUUAAUAAUUCUUUUGAAAACGCUAGUACUGCUGUAAUUACACCUAAUAUGGAUAGGUUAGCAGCAGCAUUCUGCACCUCUGAAAUUAGACUAUGGGGCAUAGGUGAUAGAGUUCUCACUAGGCCAAGGUUUAAAUUGCCCUCAGUUUCUCUUGCCUGUGAUGUAUUGUCAACCAGUAGACCUCCCGAAGACAAUAAUGAUACCGAUGAAGCAGGAGCCGUAGUUUUAAGAGGACACACUGACAUUGUGCAUGAUUUGAGGUUUAUACCUGAAUCGGAAAUUCUCGUUUCCGUAUCUAGCGACAAAGAUAUGAGAGCAUGGCGACUUAACGAUUACUCUUGCGCAGCUGUUUACAAUGGCCAUAAUUAUCCGAUAUGGUGUAUGGAUACUAGUGUCUUUAACUUAUAUAUAGCGACCGGAUCUCAUGAUCGAACCGCAAAAUUGUGGUCAUUAGAUAGAACAUUUCCACUUAGGAUUUUUGCCGGACAUUUUCUCGAUGUCAAUAGCGUAAGAUUUCAUCCGAAUGCUCGUUAUUUGGCUACUGGUUCUGCCGACAAGACUGUAAGACUUUGGAGUAAGGACGAUGGUAGUCUGGUGAGAGUGUACGUUGGAGCUCAAUCGACAAUUUACAGUUUGGCGUUUAGUCCAGAUGGGAAAUAUCUCGCUGCAGCAGGUGACGAUAAAUGCGUAUCUGUUUGGGAUUUGGCGACUAAUGCUCUCUUAACCGAAUUGAAAGGUCAUCAGGAAACCAUUAUGAAUUUGGAUUGGAGUUCCGAUGGUCAGUAUAUUGCAAGUGCUAGUAUGGAUGGAAUUAUUCGGCUUUGGUCCACUCAGGAGCACAUCAACGUUGCCAACAGCGGAAGCGCAAACUCUCAAACUGAGGUACACAGUCCUCAAGUAUACUCGACCAAUUGCUCAAGUAUCCUAUCACUGCGAUACUACCGAAAGAAUAAUUCACUCGUCUGUAUCGGCACGGCGUAAAUUUAUUUAAUAUUUAUAAUUAAACCUUUGAGGAAGAAACGUUCAUCUUUUCUUUGACCGCGUGUACGCGCUAUAGUUUUUCUUUGUUUAUUCAAUUACUCAUUUGCAACCUGUUACCGCCAGGGGCCAAGUUCUACUUUAAAUCCAUUAACGAUAUUACGCUAACAUUCGAUCCCUAGAAGUUUCAAUUUCAAAAAGUUCAGCUCACUUUAAAUCCAAACUACCAUGCUGGCUGUGAAAACAAAAAACUCGUAUUUUCUAUUUCGUUUCUUAGAUAGGAAAGUAUUAGUAAUGCUCACGCAUAUUCGAAAUGGGAAAUUAUCGUUUCCCAUCUUCGCGACUUUACGUAUAUUAGGUACAUGUCACAAAUGUUUGUUAAUAAUAUGUCAGUUGAGAUUUUUAUAUCGAUCUAAAGAAAAUGAAAAUCAUGCACGCAAAAGUGAUAUAAGACGCAGUAAUGAUGUGCAUAAUCUUUUUUUACACGGUGGAUUUCAAUCUUAGUUUUUCUUUCUCUGUGCUGAAUGUUUUAAUUAAAUGAGAAAGACAAAAACGUAGCACGAGGUCAUUACAGUAUCUGGGUGUCUAUCAUAUUGGUACAAAAAUUUGUCUCAAGCCGCAUCCUCAAAUGCUUAAGUAUCCAUCUGAAAUGCCAGCAGUGGUACUGGUUUAAUAUUAUUAUGGAAACCUUUUCAAGCAUUACCAAAGUCGAUAUGAAUGUAUAUCUGUAGUCUUACCAAUCGAUUGACAAAGGUACGAAGUUCAAGCAAAACUUACAAAGUUCUAAAUACUUUCGGACCUCUCGGACAUUUAUUACAUCGUGCGAGAUUAUUUACUGCAAAAAGGGAUUGUGUCAUACGAAUUAUUUAAUACGAUAUAAAUUAAUUCCCGUGUACUAUAAUGUUUUCACGAUACAUACUAGAAGCACUAAUUUUAAAAACGAUCUGAUUAUAUGAAUGAAUGGUGUAUGGCCGCUUAAAACGUGGAAUAGUUAAUCGAGAUCGUUAAUGACGUUAUUGGUCAUCAGCAGUUCUAGGAUUUGCUGAUCCGGCUGUACUCAUCAUUAGUAAAUUCGAGAACAGGCUACGUUAGAGACUGUAACGACUGGAUUAGCAAGUACCAGGUCUGAUAAUCGCCAUUACUAAACAGCUAUUGUUAAGGGAGAACAAAGAAUUUAUCUCUUCUAGGCAAACAGAAUUCUACAAGUAUUUUCAUACGAUUCUACUAACCAGUAUAUCCCGCGUCGAACAACGAAUACACGCGUUGGCAACAAUUAGACGAACAUUAUUUACUAAGUGUGUACAUUGUUACCUUUUUCAUUUAAGUAUUUCAGAUGUUAAGAAAUACGUAUAAUAAGCAUUCACGGGCAUGCGUACGGCGCAUCAGCCGCAGAUCAAGUAAUAAUUGUGAAAAUUAGCGAGAGCGAGAGAGAGAGUAAGAGAAAGUCUUUAAUCGACAAUAGAACAAAAGAAAGGGAUAAGAAUGAAAGAAUCUUUGCAUAAUUUUCGCCAAAUGAUAUCUCUCGUACCGGACAGCUCUGUCACGAUGCUUUACGCGUAAAUCUUUUGUAUCCAAUAAAGACAUAAAAUAGUCUUCGGCAAUGCGAAUAUAGUCACGCAUUGCCGCCACUACCUCAUGGCCUAAAUAACAUUUAAAAAAUAGUAACGUUCUUCCAAACCAACAUUUUUUCACAGCUUUCUUCACGAUUCGCCAAUACUCGCGAGACCGAGAACAUAAACCGAAAGCAAUAACAAAUUAAAGGACGCUGCGUAUUAAGUAAAUACAUUAUUAACCUAAAUUUAUUAAUUUCUGGCUAUCCCAACUAUUUGCUUACAGUUUUUUUUUUUUUAUAAAGAUGCGUUUCCAUGCUUGUAACUCCAAUUAGCCGUAUACGUUACACCGUACGUUUUCAUACCAAACUGUCGCAAGAUUUAACAUAAAAUAGACAUACUCUCGAACCGUAUUGGGAUUCAGGUCGUUAUUGCACAAAUGAUUUGUGAAUUCAAUUUUUUGAAAUUCCCGAUAACAAUCUGUAUAUAAUAGUUGAUUCCUGUAAAAGAUAUAAGAAUAAUAUAAUAAGCACUGCAUACAUUUGAGGAAUUUGACACAAAUAAUGUUUUACCGUUAAAAUAUCAAUUAUUGUGUUACGUCGAGAUUUAUUCGUCGAUGGUGACAAAACAAUUAGACAAAAAUUGGCGUAUUUAUAGUAAUAAUUAAUAUUCUUUUUCUCAUAUUUUUUCACUCUACUAACGACGUAGAUUAAAGAUGUAACAUACUCCGGAGGGUCACUUUUGUAAUAUGAUAUUUCGCAAUGUAACGAAGAUUUGGUAAUAUGUCAUUGAGCCACGACGUGUUCCAAGAACAGCAUAAGAGAAAUUGUAUAAAAUUGAAUAACAUGGCGAUGAACUGGAUAUAAGGACUCGCGCAUUGUCGAAUAUAUACAUACAUAUGUAUCAUAUACCAUUUAAACGUGUUUCUUUUAUUUAUUUUUAAUAAAAAUUCAAACUGUAACGUUGUAUAUCAGUUUACAAUCACAGUUCGUUAUAAUUUACAUUAACGAGCCAUGUAUAAUUAUGUAUAUUCACGCACUGUACAUAAAAUACAAUUCUCUUUUUUA